AAAAUAAUAAUAAAGAAGAAUAACAAUUAUCAUCCCCAUUAAACAAAGCUCUAGAGCCUAGGCUUCAACUGCACAAGAAAAACAGUGCAUUGUAUCCAGAAUGUGUUUUCCUCUUUUCUUGAUUAAUAAAUAAAUAAAUAAAUAAAUAAAAUCACUAGUGUAGGGCUUGGUCAAAAAAAUCAAAUCUUUGGGCUAAUUUUUUUUUGAAUUUUUUUCUUAGGCGUGGAAGAAUUUAAACGUGCUUCGUUUUGUCUGGUGUUGAAGAGAUAUACAGUGUUGUGGGUUUCUUUUGUUGUUUGUUUAUUCACAUUACUCUUCCUCUCAUAAACCCUUUUUGGAUUACCCCAAAAAUCUUAGUCUAGAGAGAGAAACAGAGAGAUAGAGAGAGAGAGAGAGAGAGGAGGUGGGUUAUUUUUUUUCUUCGGAAUUCGGACAAGGUUUCGUCUUUUGAGGGAGGUCUGCAAUAAGGGCAUGCUUUGUUCCUUCUUCUCUCCCAUCAUGGAAUUAGUGAAAACAUUAAUUAAAUAUAAUUAAAAGGGCUCUCUUUCCUUUUUUUUUUUCUUCUUUUUUUUUUUUAAUUUAAGGGGUUUUUAUUUUUAUUUUUUUAAAUUCUUGUUCUGGGUUGUUUUGUCCCUUUCCUUUUAGUGUGAAAUGCAGAUGAUUCUUGAAUCUUGAGCAAUAGCAUACAAUUUUUUUUGUAGUAGUUAUAGACUACUGGGGUUUUUCAAGAUAUCCCUUUUCUUGAAUUUGCAAUUGCAGGAAAUUAAAGAAGAAGAAUAAGUGGGUUUUUUUUUUUGAGGAAUUGGAAAAAAAAUACUAGGUAGGUUUUUUUUGUUUGUUGUAAGAGAUGGGUGAGAAGAGACAAGGUUACCACACAGUGUCGGUUAGGGUGAACGAAGAGAUGGCUUCAAAGAGAAGGUAUUCUUACGUACACAGAGACUACCAUCGCCGAAUCCUGGGAUUUUGGAUCGUACUUUUGUUGUUCGGAAGUAAAGAAAUCUACAAUUGUUUGGACGACGUACAGAAAGAGAGACGAAAAGAAGCGCUUGUUAGCAUGUGUGAUCAAAGGGCAAGAAUGCUGCAGGAUCAAUUCAGUGUUAGUGUUAACCAUGUCCACGCCCUCGCCAUUCUCGUAUCGACUUUCCAUUAUUACAAGAACCCGUCUGCGAUCGAUCAGGAAACGUUUGCGGAGUACACAGCGAGAACGUCGUUCGAGAGGCCGUUGUUGAGUGGGGUGGCGUACGCGGAGAGGGUUUUGAAUUCGGAGAGAGAAGAAUUCGAGAGGAAGCACGGCUGGACAAUUCGAACAAUGGAGAAAGACCCUUCGCCCGUUAGAGACGAAUAUGCCCCUGUGAUAUUCUCUCAAGAAACUGUUUCCUACAUUGAGUCGCUCGAUAUGAUGUCGGGGGAGGAGGAUCGAGAGAAUAUUUUGAGGGCUAGGGCAACUGGUAAAGCGGUUUUGACUAGCCCGUUCAGAUUGCUGAACGAUCACCUCGGUGUCGUUUUAACGUUUCCCGUUUAUAAUUCGAAUCUUCCCGCCAACCCUACCGUGAGAGAGCGUAUUGAAGCAACGGUUGGGUAUCUUGGUGGAUCGUUUGACGUGGAAUCCCUUGUGGAGAAUUUACUCGGUCAACUCGCUGGAAACCAGGCGAUUGUGGUCAACGCAUACGACAUUACCAAUUUGUCCGAUCCUUUAAUAGUGUACGGUCAUCAGUCUCAAGACGGUGGUGACAUGUCGCUUAAGCACGUCAGCAGGUUUGACUUUGGAGAUCCGUUUCGUAAACACGAGAUGAUAUGUAGGUACCUUGAGAAUGCUCCUACACCAUGGUUUGCACUCACGACAACGUUCUUCGUUUUUGUGAUCGGAUUUUUACUUGGAUACAUGAUAUACAGUGCAGCAAUCCACAUUGUUAGAGUCGAAGAUGAUUUCCACACGAUGCAGAAACUGAAAGAUAGGGCUGAAGAUGCUGACCUGGCGAAAUCUCGGUUUUUAGCGACGGUUUCUCAUGAAAUAAGAACUCCCAUGAAUGGCAUCUUAGGCAUGCAGCAACUAUUGCUAGACACAGACCUAAGUUCAACGCAAAGAGACUACGCGCAAACGGCACAAGCUUGUGGAGAAGCACUUAUAACUUUGAUAAACGAAGUGCUCGAUCGGGCUAAAAUGGAAGCUGGAAAGCUAGAGCUCGAGGCGGUGCCCUUUGACCUUCGGUCAAUUCUUGAUGAUGUUCUGUCCCUUUUCUCCGAGAAAUCUAUGCAAAAGGGCGUUGAGUUGGCUGCUUUUGUUUCAGAUAAAGUACCGGAAAUUGUAGUGGGGGAUCCCGGAAGAUUCAGACAGGUCAUCACUAAUCUUGUCGGAAACUCGGUAAAAUUCACAGAAAAAGGGCAUAUAUUUGUUCAAGUCCACUUAGCCGAAGAAGCGACUUCCGUCAUGAAUCUCGUGAAAACCGAAAACGGCGAAGAAACGGAGUUCAAUACCUUGAGUGGCAAACAAGUUGCGGACGACGGGACUAGUUGGGAAACCCUAAAACUUCUAGACGACGAAUUUCGCUCCAAUAAUAUAACAACCGAUCAUAACAAUCACCAAAAUAACAGUAAUAACGUCACAUUAAUGGUGAGUGUAGAAGACACGGGAAUCGGUAUCCCGGAAGAUGCCAAAAGCCGGGUUUUCACACCGUUCAUGCAGGCGGAUAGUUCGACUUCAAGAAACUAUGGUGGGACCGGUAUUGGAUUGAGCAUAAGCAAGUUGCUCGUGAAGCUGAUGGGGGGUUUUAUGGACUUUAUUACACGACAGCACAUCGGGAGCACGUUUUUCUUCACCGUGGAAUUUCAGAGGUGCGAGAAAACGGCGGUUGUUUUGGACGUGAAGAAGUCUCUGUCGGAAGUUUUUCAUCCGACGGUGUUUAAAGGGAUGAAAGCAGUUGUGGUGGAUGGUAAACCGGUUAGAGCUUCCGUUACAAGGUAUCAUCUUAAGCGGCUUGGUAUACAAGCUGAAAUUGUCGCUAGCGUGAGGAAUGCCGUCGCUUUGUUUGGUAAAUUCGGCUCCUUCAUUUCCAUAAACGAAAAGCUGCCAGAUAUGUUUCUAAUCGAAAAAGAUUCAUGGCUUUCGGGUGAAGAAGAGUGCUUUAUCCAGUUAUCGAACAACUGUCGACAAAACGGGCACUCGUACAACAAGCUGCCUAAGUUGAUCCUUCUUGCAACAAAUAUCAGCUCUGCUGAGUCAGAUAAAGCCAAAGCGGUUGGCUUUUCCGAUACGGUGAUAAUGAAGCCACUGAGAGCUAGUAUGGUUGCUGCUUGCUUGGAGCAGGUACUGGGAGUCAACCGAAAAAGUCAACCCGUGAAAAAGUCAACCAGUCUUCAUGGUUUGCUAUGUGGCAAGAAGAUAUUGGUCGUCGAUGACAAUGCAGUGAACCGAAGAGUUGCUGCGGGUGCACUGAAGAAGUUUGGUGCUGAUGUACAUUGCGUUGAGAGUGGGCCCGAUGCUCUCAAGUGUCUUCAGAUUCCGCACGAUUUCGACGCGUGUUUUAUGGAUAUUCAGAUGCCUGAAAUGGACGGGUUUGAGGCGACUCAUCUGAUAAGGGAGAUGGAGAGAAAAGCGAACGCACAUGCAAAUGGUGGCGACGAGUGGCAUAUGCCUAUAUUGGCAAUGACCGCUGAUGUCAUACACGCCACCUUGGACAAAUGUCUGAAAUGCGGAAUGGAUGGAUACGUGUCGAAGCCUUUCAAGGAGAAGACUCUUUAUCAGGCUGUAGCUAAGUUCUUCAAAUCUAAGCCCGUCAGUUGAUCUCGAUUUUUAUUUUUUAUUUUUAACUCUGUUUUCUAACCGACUAGAAUAUUCGUGUUUGUAUAUAUAUACAUUGGUAAGACAAGAUUGCAAUAGAUGUAGUUCAUAUUUGAGGUGGUUCGGUGCGAAAUCUUUGAUAAAGAAACUGCAUUCUUUCUUUCGUAUGUAUGUAGUAGUAGUGAUUGUUCAGUUGUAGAGAGAAUUAGUGGAGAAAUUGUUGUUUAUAUGCCAGUGCUUUUAGUU